AGAAGGGUUUUUGCCUGCUGCCCCCGCCGCCGCCGCCGGAGAUUUUUCGUCGCAGCUCGGUGAUUUUUGCAUUGCUGAGGUUAGAAAAGAUGAGGCCGAUAUUGAUGAAAGGGCACGAGAGGCCGCUUACGUUUCUCAAGUACAAUCGAGAUGGCGAUCUGCUCUUCUCCUGCGCCAAAGACCAUAAUCCAACCGUCUGGUUCGCGGACAACGGAGAGCGUCUUGGCACAUACCGAGGCCAUAAUGGCGCUGUUUGGUCCUGCGAUAUCUCAAGGGAUUCCACUAGGCUUAUAACAGGAAGCGCAGACCAGACUGCAAAGAUAUGGGAUGUCGAAUCAGGAACUCCAUUGUAUACAUUUAAUUUCGAUUCGCCAGCAAGGUCUGUCGAUUUUGCUGUUGGUGAUAAGCUUGUGGUUAUAACCACUGAUCCUUUCAUGGGUUUGUCAUCUGCUAUUCACAUCAAACGUAUUGCCAGAGAUGUGGAUGACCAGACUGGUGACUCUGUCCUAAUUAUCAAGGGGCCACAAGGAAGGAUUAACAGAGCGGUGUGGGGGCCUCUGAACAGGACUGUCAUAAGUGCUGGUGAAGAUUCAGUAAUUCGAAUAUGGGAUUCUGAGACUGGGAAAUUGCUGAGAGAAUCUGACAAGGAGGAUGGCCAUAAAAAGCCAAUCACAUCACUUGCAAAAUCUUCAGAUGCUUCUCAUUUUCUUACUGGUUCUUUGGACAAAUCUGCAAAGCUCUGGGACAUAAGAACGCUAAAACUUAUCAAGACUUAUGUGACAGAACGACCUGUAAACGCAGUUGCAAUGUCUCCACUUCUUGACCACGUGGUACUUGGAGGUGGUCAGGAUGCAUCGGCUGUUACUACAACUGAUCAUCGUGCUGGAAAGUUUGAGGCUAAAUUCUAUGAUAAGAUCCUUGCAGAGGAAAUUGGAGGUGUGAAAGGACACUUUGGACCAAUAAAUGCCUUGGCAUUUAAUCCUGAUGGAAAAAGUUUCUCAAGUGGAGGUGAAGAUGGAUAUGUGAGGCUGCAUCAUUUUGACAGUGAUUACUUCAACAUCAGGAUUUGAGCAUGGAGCCUAUGUUUGCUCACUUGGUGUUGGUAACACAACUUUCUGUCCAGCUAUUGGUAGCUUGUGAGCUUCUGAUUUAUUCUAUUCUAUUGGAUCGGAUCUGAUCUGAUCUGUUUUUAUUGUAUCUUGAUUGCUGAGGGUAAGUACGCUAUAGUUUGUUCC